CCCCAGAAUUCAGAUGCGCUGGAUCCACCUGCCUUUAUCCACAGCGGCUUAUCUUGCGGGCGUGAUACCCCGGACGAACGUAGGCCGGCUUGAUUCCUGACCACGACCUGCUACGAGACCACUGGCAUGACGAUGGCUGUGAAAAGUGCCUGGCGGCGCGUCCGCCACUUCGUGUGGGGUGAGGAACCGAAGACCAAGGAGGAGCAGCGGCUCCUGCUCAAAAUCGACUGGUUCAUCCUGUCGUAUUGCUGUCUCAUGUAUUUCACGAACUACUUGGACCGCUCAAAUGUGGCGAACGCAUACGUGUCUGGGAUGGAGGAAGAGCUGCAUAUGUAUGGAAACGAGUAUAAUAAAAUCAACACGCUCUUUACCUGCGGUUACAUCGUAGGCAUGAUCCCGAACAACCUCAUGUUGCAGGUUGUCUCUCCUAGGAUAUGGUUGCCAACGAUGCAAAUCGUGUGGGGAGUCUUCACAUUCUGUUCGAGCUCGGUUUCCAAUGUGCAACAGCUGUACGCUAUUCGGUUCCUGCAAGGUCUCUCGGAAUCUUCGACCUUCGUUGGAACGCACUACAUCCUCGGAGCAUGGUACAAGUCAGGAGAGCUUGGCAAGCGUUCAGGCAUAUUCACCUGCUCAGGGCUUAUCGGCACGCUCUUCUCUGGUAUUCUUCAAGCUGCGGUCUAUCAGCAUCUGAAUGGCAUCGCUGGUAGGAGCGGCUGGCGCUGGCUCUUUAUCAUUGACGGGGUUAUUACGCUACCAAUUGCUCUCUAUGGAUUCCUUGUCUUCCCAGAUGUGCCGACGACCACGCGCGCUUUCUACCUUACUGAAGAGGAGCGCCUGCUAUCUGCUGACCGACUAGAGAACGACGAAGGAAGAGACGUGUCGCACGCGAAGCCAUCGUGGAAUCUGGUCCGUCGUGUACUUGGACGGUGGAGGUGGUAUGGCUGCAGCCUUCUGUUCUUGAUCUCAGGCGAAACCGAGAGUUUCGGCUCGAACAACCUGAUGGGGCAGUGGCUCAAGGCUAUUGGAGGGUACACCGUCGAGCAAAUCGACUACUAUCCCUCGGGCAUGACCGCCUUCGCGAUCGCAUCGACGCUAUUGUGCGCGACAUGGACCGACGCGACGCGCUCGCGCGCCCGAUGGCCUGUCCUCGUGUACAUGUCCAUUUCCGUGGUCAUCUCCAGUAUCUGCAUCCUUGUGUGGAGAAGUCCGAUCGGACUAAAGUUUUUCGCGUACUACUUGGCCGGCGCCAGCUACGCGGGGCAGGCGACAACGUUCGCAUGGGCGAACCAGAUAUGCGCCGAUGACGACCAGGAGCGGGCGAUUGUCCUCGCUUCCAUGAACAUGUGGAACAACGUCAUCAAUGCAUGGUGGCCGCUCGUCUUCUACCCCGCAACGGACGCUCCACGGUUCACCAAGGGAAUGUGGGCGAUGAUCGGCACGGCAAUCGCCACGCUUCUAGUGACUGCGAUAGUGUACUAUCUCGAGCAGCGCGAGAAGAGGGUGAAACAUCGAAGAGAUGAUCGCGAGGAGAUCGUGGAGACAGACGAAAAGAAGGAGUACGAAGGGAGCUUUCAUCAGUAAGGAGAGGGUCGUCUUGUGAACAGUAUUCGUAUACAAAGGAGAUCUAUGCGCAUGAGGGUAUACCCCUGUUUGAUAAAAUUCCUGAUGUACUGGAUCACUAUUUGUCGGUCUUAGUAUGUACAGCGUAAGAUAGUAAUACGCUCAGAGCACAGAGCUAUCCAGGGCGUUUGUGGUACCUCCUGAAGUGACCAGCAUGACAGAAGGCAAUCGCAUAAAAUAGCAUAUCCAAAAGCAGGUAUUGAAGGGGUAUCCUUCACGAGAGCGAGAACAGGGAACAUGUACUGAAUGAAGACGCUCAGACGUUCAUAAUCUGCUGGUAUCGGUUAGCACA